UUGGGAUGUUGGUGGCCAACAACUUUAGCAGUGGAACAAUAGAGGCCGCAGAAAAGUCACCGUACAACAUCAUUCUCGCUACUAAUGAGGAUGAUGUGCUUGAGAAACUCGAUCGAUAUUUCUCAGCACACCCGCAUGAUUCAUCACCGCAGGUUGACAUGUUGCUCGACCUGCUGAUGAAUCAUAUACAACACCUCGAGUUUCGACUAGAAACUACGAGGCAGGAUUUAGAAUUAGAAGAAAAAAAGAGGGAGGCCUUCGAUCUUCAACAAGAGAGAAGGCUCUCCUAUAUUUACUAUAUGCUU